AUGGGCUAUUUCAUACCACUGAACAAAUUACAGAACUUGAAAUUAUACAAGUACCAGAGUGAAGAUCACUCCUUCAUUUCCAAGUAUUUCUUGAAGAAAUGGUGGAAUUCAUUUGUCACCAUUUUCCCUCGUUCAAUGGCACCUAAUGUUAUUACUUUGUUGGGAUUGGUAUUCAUCAUCACCAAUUUAAUUAUGGUGUUUUACUAUGAUCCAUACCUUAAUACCACUUCCCCUACUUGGUGUUACUUUGCUUAUGCUUUUGGAUUAUUCAUGUAUCAAACUUUCGACGGAUGUGAUGGAUGCCAUGCUAGAAAUACCGGUCAAAGUGGUCCAUUAGGUGAAUUAUUCGAUCAUUCCAUUGAUGCUAUUAACACCACCUUAGGUGCUAUAAUUUUUUCAUCAGUGUUGCAAUUUGGUUAUGGAUAUCUUUUCUUAUUAACUCAAUUUGCUUCAGUAUGUAAUUUUUACAUGUCAACUUGGGAAGAAUAUCACACCCACACUUUAUUCUUAUCAAAAUUCUCAGGUCCAGUUGAAGGGAUUUUGAUGAUUGUUGGUGUUUUUAUCAUCACUGGAGUUUUAGGUCCUGAAAUAUUCUCAUAUAAGCUUUUUGAAAUUGGAGCUUUAAAUUUGGAAGUUGAUAUCAAAACAGCUGCAAGUAUUUUGGGUCUUGGAUCAUUAUACUUCAACAUUGCUCAAGCUUUUGUUAAUGUUUCUAAACAUUAUAAAAAAGUAGGAACCCCUGAAAAGAUUCAAGGAGCUUAUGAAGGAUUAAUCCCAUUUGUUGCUUAUUAUAUUACCAUUUUAUCAUUAACCACCACUUAUCCUGAAUAUUUAUCUAAAUUUGCCAUUCCUUUGACAUUAUCCAUUGGAUUGUCUAUCGCUUUUUCAGUGGGCAGAAUCAUUUUAGCACACUUGACAAUUCAAACAUUCCCUAUGGUACAAUUCCCCAUGUUUGUUCCAUUAUUACAAUUGAUUUCAACCUUCACUUUUACCAAAAUUUUCGGUUAUGACUAUUACGACACCGUAUACUCCAUUGCAUGGUUAGGAUUCGGAGUAACUUUAGGUAUUCAUGCUAUGUUCAUCAAUGAAAUCAUCUAUGAAAUCACCACCUAUUUAGAUAUUUAUGCUUUAUCCAUCAAGCAUAAAAAAGAGUAG